AUGUCAGGAAUCAAAGUGUUGCUAACGUAUAAGCGAAAGCGGCAAUCAAGAACAGAUCCUGUACAGGGACAUGAGUGCCGUAAUUCACUUUUUGUUGCACCCGAUGAUACUUCUUUAAGCAAACCACCAGACUUGCAAGUUCAUUUGAUUGAUAAGCGUACCUCAGAAAAUUACAACAGAAAUUCUGCGCACUGUGGAAAAUGCCUUCAGUUGUAUCAUCUCCAAUGCCUAGAUAAACCCCAUAAGGAAAAGAAACACAUGGAAGUGUCCGGCACAAGACAAAUACCAAUUAAAACCGUUCCGACAAGUCUUGAUGAGGUUCCUUCCCAAAGGGAUGCAUAUGGAAAUAAGUCUAGUGGCAAGAAAGUAGGCUCAUCUUCAAAUGCUAAUGCUGGAGCAUUGGUUGAUGAUAAUAAUGUUGGAGGGAGGUUAGUUUCUCAAUUGGUGAUGAAUUCCGCUGUAAUUAUUGCUGAUUUUGUAAGACAAAAAUCAUCAUCAGCAGCAGCAGCAUUUGAAAGAAAAAGCAGCUCUGGAUGUGAUGGUAGCUCGCCAAGAUUGAAUACAUCAAACUUAGAAGACACUGAUUCAUUCUCUAGAAAUAAUUCUUAUGAAGAAACUUCCCCUGAAAACUGCUCAGUAGAUCAUGAAGCAGAUUUGAAGCACUCCAGAGAGAACUUAUUGGUUUCUUAUAUUUUAAUUGCUUACUUCAUUCAUCGGGACAGUUUGAUGCAUGAAGAAGAACAACUUCAUGAUGAGGAAAAGACAGGCAGUGACACCUUACAACAGGCUGGAGAAGUACUUGGCCAGAGUGCUCAAAGUGCAAUGGAUGUUGAAGUUCUUUGCAUGGAUCAUUUAAGAAAAAGUAGUGAUACUAGAGACUCCUCUUCUGAAGCUGCAACUCUAUGUAAACCAGGAAAAACCCAUGCAUUGAUAAGAGAUGAAGCUCAAGUUUUAUCAAGUGCUGAUCCUAAAGCAACAGAAACCCCUCAUUUAGGUGAUCACUUCCUUAUUUGGACUUGUCUGUUAUCCCCACCGGACCAUGGUGGUUCUAAUCAUUCUGCAAAAGUAUGGCCAGCCAAUGGUUGUACAGGUGAAAGGGGAACUGGGAGGUCUACAAAGAAACCUGAUAAAGGAAGGACUGCAAAAGAGGAGGCAUCCAAACGUGAGAAGGUCCGAGAAAUACAGAAAAUCUUCCCUCCAUGCUUUAAUCACCUGAGGAAAUGGCCACUGCCAAUAUUUGAAGAGUACGGUCGCGGCUGUAUUAUUUAA